GUGGAGAGGACACGGGAGAGAGCACUUCCCCUUUUCGUGAGGCCGUUGAUGUAGAAACCCCAUGACAGGGCCCCCCGGCCAGCACAUCCUGUCCCCUUGUGUCUGCUGUAGGCUCUAUCCUUCCUCCCAUUGGCUCCAGGACGGCACAGGCUCGUGGCCUGGGCCAUGUCUCCCCAUCGCACCAGCCUCCUGGGCCUCGUGCUCUGUCUGAGCCAGAUGACCCACGUGCAGGAUGGGGCCCUGCCUACACCCUCCAUCUCUGCUGAGCCAGGCCCUGUGAUCCCUCGAGGGCAGCCUGUGACCAUCGUGUGUCGGGGCCCUGAUGGGGCUAAGUCAUUCCGCCUGGAGAAGGAGGAUAGACGCUCCUACAGGGAUCAGCACACAGUGUCCCAACUUGAUCCACAUGGGACAGAGGCCAGAUUCCCCAUCACUGCAGUGAGUGACGACUCUGCUGGGCGUUAUCGCUGCCUCUAUCAUGGAAAGUUCAGCUGGUCUAAGCACAGUAACAUUCUGGAGCUGGAGGUGACAGAGGAGGACGUCUCCACUCUGCCCUCAGAAUCUGAUUUCAUCUUCCAUGCUCCCCCAGGCCUGUCGACAGAAUAUAUUUAUAUUCUCAUUGGGGUCUCUGUGGCCUUUCUCAUUUGUCUCUUCCUCCUGGUCAUCUUCUUCCUCCAUCGUCAGCAUCAGAAAAAACUUGGGCUCCCCAGCAGCAGAGGCAAGGAGCAGAGGCCCCAGGAGAGGCUCAGCCCAGAUGCUGACAUCCUAGAGAGGACACCAGAUCUGGCCACAGUCGAUAGUCUUGCUGAGAAGGACAGGAAAAUGCACAACUCAACCUCUGCUGCAGGAGGCCUGCAGGAGGUGACAUAUGCGCAGCUGGACCACCGGAUGCUCACACAGAGAGCGGCCCAAGCCAUGACCCAACAGUCCACGGAGCCCACGGCUGAGUCCAGCACAUAUGCAACCCUUGCCAGACACUGACCCCAGGCCCACCUGGCCUCUGCACCUAAAGACACAGCAAGUCACUCUUGCAAAAGCCUGAAGUGGCCAUUUGGAGGGCUACCCUAUGGAAUCAUCCUUUUCUGGAAAGUCAUCCAGUCAAUUCUCCUGGAGGCAAGAGCUGGAGUCUGGAGACCCCUAAUCAACAUCUAGGAGAUUCAUUAACCAUGUGGUACCCCCUUUAAUCAACUAGCUUAUUGGAG